AUGUCUAUGAGUUCUCUAGCAGAAGGUGUAUGUGGAAUAUGUAAUAUUCGUUGUUAUCAGCGAGAUCUGAGACGUGUGCCAUUGAAUAAAAUGCCAUCGAUUGAAUUACCUAAGACACCUGAGGAUCUUUGCAGCGUGGUUCCUUGUAUACAACGAACACAGAACUUGCAUUCCAAUGAAAAGUACAAUAUAAAUAAUGAUGUUGAUUUGGCAAUGGUUGAAAGUGAAGCAGACGUAGAUUACGAUAGGAAAAAUGCAGCCACUGGCGCUGAACUACCCAUUCAGGAAACUGAGCGGGUCGAAAAAGAAGUUAUUCCAACCUGCCUACCAACACCUAAUUCCACACAUGACGAUUUUCAACGAAUCUUUCGCAACGAUGUCGUGCGCAUCGUCGAAACAUCUAAUAUUCAUCGGCAUUCGGCAAAUUGCUAUAAAUACUCAAAAGCUAACCCAGAUGGUUUGAAAACUUGUCGAAUGCGUGUGCCACGUGCUCUCGUCGAAAAUUCUCACAUCGAUGUGUCAACAGGUCAGAUAACUAUGCGUCGAUCAUAUCCAUGGAUCAAUAACUUCAAUGAAUGGCUUAUAAAUGCUUGCCGAUGCAAUAUGGACAUUAAAUUCAUCUGGACUGGUAGCGAUGCUAAAGCUCUAGUGUACUAUAUAACUGUUUACGUCACAAAAUCAAGUCUUGCUUUCUAUGAUAUGUUUGCCCUUGCGCAGCAAGAAAUCAAAUCCAUUGAGCAGCAACAUAUGGGACUGAAAAUGCUGUUGAAAAACCGCGCAAAUUCGUGUUACGCGGUGCUACGAUACGAUUACUUCACAUCAAGUAGUUUCUGGUGUUCAAGUGGCAUCGUAUCUAGUGAACUAUGGAGAUCAUUACACUACGCACACAUUUAG